CCUCCUUUAUGGCGUCACGCAGUGAGUAAGGCAGUCGUCAGUGCACGCUUACUCCUUUUCACUCGUGAAUAAUUCCGCUUAUAUGUUGUCAUGCUGUAGCUCCAACUCCAAUCGUGGAGUGCAUCUGCAAUCCUGUGUUUCAAACUUAGAAAAAGACAGUUGUCACUUAUCAUCACCAUGCUGCUAUUCGCCGCAUUCGUUUUCAUCAUCACCACUGCUUUUGGGUCCGAACUUUGUAAACAAAAAGAAUGGUUCAACGACAUGACUGGAAAAUGUCAACCCUGCACCGUCUGUGCAGGUAAGUCGUGGGAGAUGGCCCCUUGCUUGGACUUCUCGGACACACUCUGCGUGAACCUGAUCGAAUUGGGAAGGUCCUUACAGAAAAGUAUUGAGCGAGACUGGAAAGUUAACGACGGAUCCAACCAUGAUCAUCCUCAUCGAUGGCAUGAAAUGGAAGGAAAAGAUGAGUCCUCAGUCGAAGGUGUGUUCACUAAAGAAAAAAUUUCUGUAUCUAAUUUUGAUGAAGUGGAAAAUACUUGGAGUCAAGUUAUACUUGUGGUGCUGAGUGUGAUUUGUGUGUUAAUCACCGUUGCCACUCUUUUAAUGAUACUUCGUUAUUGUGGAAAAUUUGGAAACCGCAGUGAAAAUCGAAUUACUGUGAAUCGGGCCCGCUUAUUUUCAAGGGAUAGACUCAACACUACCGAAUACAUGAAUAAUUUGGCUACACUUGAUCGACGUUUGGCUAUUGAUGAAAUACUAGAAAAAAGGAAGAGAGCCAUUUUUGAACCUCAGCUUUUGCAUGAGAAUGUUUAUACUGAUGAAGUUUUUGUUGAUGUUUCUCGAAUACCCAAAAGCGCAAGAGAUGCCCAUGAUUAUGAAGAACUAGACCAUAGAAAGUGCCUCCUACAAAUGCAGGAACAUCAGUGAUACAAUAUAAAAAUUUGAAACGUUUUUAAAUGCAUUUACAUCAAAGGGAUCAGUCUGUACUAGAAGUCAUUCAUCCCGUAAUUAUUUAUCAUUUUUUUAAAACUGAAUGAUGUUGAAAGCGAGAACUUUUUAAAAAAUUUGUCUGUGAUCAAGGUUUAAAAAAAAAAGUAUUAAAAUUCAUUCAUUUUCUGAAAAUGAUUUUUAAAAUAGUUAUUGAAUUAUUUUGAGAAGAAAUUUAAUAUUUAUUUUCAAAAUCUUAUUUGUUACAAUUGAUGUGUGAAAUGACAACUGCCUUUUCCCCCUAAUUGAAAUUCUUAAUUGACAUUUUAUACAGUUUGUGUUGCAAAAGUAUAUUGUAUUCGUAAAGAAUUAUAUAAUUAAUAUAUAAAUAAGGAAUACAUUAAAUGAAUAAUGCCUUGUGCCUUAUUAAUAAAUUUAUGAAGAUCUAUUUUUAGAAUAUUUUUCUAAGCUACAGUAAUUAAAUUUAUCCCUUCUCUUUCAUUACAUGAAUGUAAUGGGAAUUAGCAGCUUAAAUCAUACUACUUAUGUGCUUGUAUUGUAAAUAAAUGUUAUUUUAUUUAA